UGCACUUACUAACAAAGUAAUUUAAUGCAUUGCGUUUAUUUGCAAUACUCUUUCGCGUAACAAGUAGUAGAUAUCCGCAAAUAUAAACAAGAGAUAAGACAUUAGUUUUUAAAGUAAAUGCUCAGUAUUAAAACAAACAGCUUAACGGUACACUUAAGUUUACAGAAGUAGAGUUGAAACUCGUUAAAACAAAUGACAAGUGAAACCUCUCAAGUUGGGGUCAUUAGUAGUAAUACAACUACGUCGUCGACCGUUGACGUUGACGUUCCUCCCCCCUCACUGUCAGAACUUUAUACUCAAACUGAUUUCUACAUAGGUGUUGGGCUUGCUAUUUGCUCAUGCUUUUUUAUUGGUUCCAGUUUUAUAAUAAAAAAGAAAGCUCUUUUGCGCUUAAGUCGUCAUGGAGAAGUUAGAGCAUCCGCUGGUGGUUUUGGUUACCUUAAAGAAUGGAUAUGGUGGGCAGGAUUGUUAACAAUGAGUCUUGGUGAAGCAGCAAAUUUUACGGCUUAUGCUUUUGCUCCUGCUUCAUUAGUCACACCGCUGGGAGCAAUAAGUGUUAUUAUAUCGGCAGUAAUGGCUUCCAAAUUUCUAAAUGAGAAACUUAAUUUGUUGGGCAAAUUAGGCUGUGUACUCUGCAUACUUGGCUCUACCAUAAUUGUCAUACAUUCACCCAAAGAAAAAGAAAUAGAGGAUUUAACAAUUUUAUUUGAAAAACUGCAAGAUCCUGGUUUCAUAUUUUAUGUGAUAUGUAUAUUUGGUUCAACACUUUUUGUGGCUUGUUUCGUGGCCCCAAGACACGGCAACAACAUUGUUGUAGUUUAUAUUUAUUUAUGCUCAGGCAUUGGCUCAUUGACUGUUAUGUCUUGUAAAGCUUUGGGCUUAGCAAUUCGUGAUACAUUAUCGGGAAAAUCCAAUGAUUUCGCCACUUGGAUGCCGUGGUUCCUAAUCGCCGUAACAAUCACAUUCAUUGCCAUUCAAAUGAAUUAUCUCAACAAAGCAUUAGACGUAUUCAACACAGGCAUCGUUACUCCCAUUUAUUAUGUAAUGUUUACCACUUUGGUAAUAGCAGCAUCAGCAAUUCUGUUUAAGGAAUUCGUCCAUAUGCGUUUAGAUGAUAUACUGGGUGACGUAUGCGGAUUUCUAGUAGUUAUAUGUGCUGUAUUUAUGUUAAAUGCUUUUAAAGACCUAGACAUCACACUUAACGACGUGCGUAGCAUAAUGCGUCCAAAAAUGCAGAAAAUCAAUCAAUACGAUGAAGAAAUUUUAGUUACUCAAAAUUUAAAAGAAGCACGAUACUCGUAUGGAUCGAGUGAUAUGUAUCGCAAGGCUUGACAAAAGCAGCGUUAUCAGGUUUAGUUUUCUUUCAAAACUUAAUAGGAGUCUCUUUUUUUGGCUAUUAUAUAAGUUUAGAGAUUUUGUACAUAUACUCCAAAAUUGAAUGACAUUUUUUAUUACACAUACUUCAAGC